AAAAUAGCCGGUCACGGUUGUCCUCAGGAGGCAGCAGCGCCUAACCAGAACUGACUGGUACAGGGCGAGCUUACAGACGAGCUCAAUACUUCACAGCCAGUAGCCCGUGCUGCGAAGAGGAAUGGUGAAAAAGACAAAAAGUCCCGUGACGUACACUAAAAUGAAGGGGAUAGUGUCGUAUUUUGCUGCUUUAAUCAAGGAGAGAAAGUUUGGGUCAGCUGACCUACUACAGAAACUUGGGACCAGCCAUCCAAUCUACCGGCAUAUGGACGCAGAGUGUUUUCUACGGCCAGAGGGCAGCAGUGUGUGUGACGAGGCCGGAGCAGCUGCUCUGUGUUUCAGCAGUACAGCACAGGAGCUACAAAUGUCUCGGGCUUCAGCAGCUGAUUUUGACUACUUGAAGGUGAUUGGCACAGGCAGUUUUGGAAAGGUACUAUUGGCCAGACAUAGGGAGAAUGAUAGGUACUAUGCAGUCAAAGUUUUAAAGAAGCAAAUGAUCUUGAAGAAAAAUGCGGAAGGACAUGUCAUCUGUGAGCGGAGCGUGUUAUUGAAGACUGUCAAUCAUCCGUUCCUGGUGAGACUUCACUUUAGCUUUCAGACCAGAGAUCGGCUCUACCUAGUGUUGGACUAUGCCAGUGGUGGAGAGCUCUUCUACCACCUGCAGAGAGAGCGUGUAUUCACCGAGUCCAGAGCCAGAUUCUAUGCUGCAGAAAUGGCCAGUGCUCUAGGAUACCUACAUUCUCUGCAUAUUGUCUACAGGGACCUCAAGCCAGAGAACAUCUUGCUAGAUUCUGCAGGCCAUGUGGUCCUAACAGACUUUGGCUUGUGUAAGGAGGGCAUAGUCGGCCGUGCGACUACCAGAACUUUCUGCGGAACACCUGAGUACCUGGCUCCAGAGGUUCUCCAGCAGCGCGAGUAUGACCGAACAGUGGACUGGUGGGGGCUGGGAGCUGUGCUGCAUGAAAUGCUUUAUGGUCUGCCACCUUUCUACAGUGCUGACCGUAUGGUGAUGUUGAGCAACAUCAUGUUUCAGCCGCUGGUUCUUAAGGCUGGGGUUUCCAAAGCUGGAAGAGAUCUUCUCAAAAGACUGCUAAACAGAGACAGAGCUAAGAGGCUAGGCGCUAAACACGACGUGGCAGAGCUGCAGCAUCACUCAUUCUUCUCAUCUAUCCGGUGGGAUGAUCUUGUGGCAAAGAAAAUCCAGCCCCCCUUUGUCCCUUCACUGUCUGGCCCUGAUGACCUGACAAACAUUGACCCUGCCUUCACAAAUCUUCCUGUGCCACAAUCUCUGGGUGUCUGUGAAGAUGCUGGGAUGACCUUCCCUGGCUUCAGUUACAUGAGUUAAAAUGUCUCCUCACUGUCCAUGCAGGCCAGCGGACACUGAACUGGAACAUUACAAUACCCAUGAUUACUCAAAACCAAGAGACAUUUCAUCAGAAUGUGAAAAACAAUGUUUACCCAAAAUACAACUGUUAAUUUAAUUUAAUAUUUUCUUUUGGACCACUGUGAUUGCAUACAGUUACUAUUUUCACUCUGUUCUUGGUACUUUAAUCAAAAUUUGAUUCUUUAUAUUUGCAUCUUUUUUUUCAACUGUGAAAUUGUUUUUAUUUAAAUUCUGUUUGUAGGCACAUUAUAUGAUUAUCAUAUUAUAUAUGUAUCUGUAUGUGUAGGUGGAUAGUCUAUAUGUUAAGUUACACAUAAAUGAAGGAGUAUUAUAGUUUUACCGUGAAAUUUAAGAUUUAAGAAGACAAUUUGUUGGAAGCUGUAAGUUAUUCGGCUACUUUGUCUGCAUCACAGACCGAACUUUUAUUUUGUAAUGUUUGUAAGAGUUUGAGUUGACAGGGUUAGAACUGUGAAGACACGCUUAGUGCAAUAUCUGUAAAAUGUUAACUAGCUUCUGCACAAGUGAUGUAGCCUCAAGAUGUAAAAUAAUAUUUCAUUUUCGAGAACUUAGAAUGUCUAAGUAGAUCUACUCAUAGUCUGAUAGUUGAAUACUGUUAGCGAGUCCGCCGAGUGAACAUCACUACUGUAGGUCACAGAAUCAAGGUGUGGUGUCCGUAUUUUGCUCCUCGUAACUUUGUUACAUUGUAAAGAUUUUUUUCCUAAGAAUACAGGCGCACGUUGAGUGGUG